AUUUCCUAUCUCCUCUCAUUUCUGUAGCAGAUACCACACAAACCGCUUUUGCCCGAUGAUUGAAAGUUGAAUAAUCAAUUUUACACACAAUAGGAAAAAAUUACUAUCAAAAUGUCUAAGCCAUCAACUAAGCCCCCAAUAUUCGUCACCGCUCCCGUGGAGCCACAAGACUACGCCAACAGCCCCGCCCACUACGCUGUGGCCACAGGUGACUGCACCGCCCUCACAAACUUCGUCUCCACCCUGCCGAAGCUUUCCGACGCCAACUCGAUUGACACCGAGGCAGAAUCCAUUGCGGAGGAGCGCCUUGCCGAGAAAAUCUCCGCCGCCCUUGACGGUCGCGAUAACCCGCUCAAGGAGACCCCCCUCCACAUUGCCGUCCGCCUCAACGACGUCGAAGCCGCCAGCAUCCUAGCUGCAGCGGGGGCCAACAUCUACCUCCAGAAUGCUGUCGGGUGGAAUGCCCUCCAGGAGGCCCUCCUCCGCCGCUGCAAGGAGAUCGCCCCCAUCCUCGUCCAUCAUGGCCACCUCAACACCUGGUCCAAGUGGCGGCGGCGCCUCCCACGCCUCGUCGGUGCCCUCCGCCGCAUGCGGGACUUCUACAUGGAGAUCUCCUUCCACUUUGAGAGCUCCAUCAUACCCUUCAUUGACAGGGUGGCCCCCUCCGACACAUACAAGAUCUGGAAGCGCGCCGGGAACCUCCGCGCCGACACCACCCUGGCCGGGUUCGAUGGCAUGAACUUCAAGCGGCGCAACCAGAGCUUCCUCUUCAUCAACGAUGUGGACCGCCCGGACGUGCCCCAAGGAUCUCUCCUCGUCGUCAAGCACGACAAGAAACAAGUCCAUAUGGCCGAAUACCAGAGGAUAGGGACGCCGCUGACGGAGGCUCAGAUCGCCAAGGACUGCAACCCCGCAAGCGUUUCUCGGCCCAGCGUGGACGUGUCAAAAGCAGAGCUCGUCAACUGCAAGAACUGGAGGCGCCAGGAUAGGACCGAGCACGUGGGCAAAUGGAAGUCGAGGGUUUAUGAGAUGCACAACGUGGUGCUGACGUUUCGCGAGUGCAAGCUGCCAGCAGAGGCAGCGGAGUUAUCGAGUGAGGCAGAGAAAAAGCAGCCGAAGAAGGCGGAGGAGGCAGCAUUUAAGAAGAAUCUGAGGCCGAUGCUUUGGUUGACGGAGAAGUUCCCGUUGGAGACGGAGGAGCUCCACCGCUUGUUGGAUAUUCUGUCGAAGAAGAUUACCGCCAUUAAACGGAUGAGGGAGGUGUUGAAGACAACAUUCCCACCCAGGACUUUUCCGGUCAAGAUAUCGAUACCUGUGGUUCCAAUGGUGAGAGUGGUGAUAACGUUCACAAAAUUUAUAGAGCUACAAUCAAUGGAGGAUGAUUUUCACACUCCACCGUCAAGUCCUGGGCAAGAAGACGAGAGGAGUAGUGGGGAUAACGCGUUCGCAUCGAGUAGUGGCGUAGAGGAGAGAGAUCCUUUUGAGAUUCCGAGAGGGUAUACAUGGAUCCGAAAUGAUUCAACUUCUAAAAAGAUUAAGAAAAUAGAGACCACUACGUCCAAGAAAAUCGAAUCAGAGUAA